UUUUUAAUUGGGCUUACUUUUGGGACCAAAACACGACUCAUUGACAGACCUAACAUUGAAUCCGAUUAGAACAAAAGAACCAUAGGGUCCAAUUUCGCUUUGUUUACUUAGCGUAGAGAAUUUUCACAAAAGCCAUUAAGAAAAGCGAAUCUAUAAGAAGCACCAGAUCCCAACCCCCUAUUCGCUUCUCCUUUUCUUCUUCGCGAUCCCUAGAAAUCCCCCAAAAUUUUCAAUUCGAAAACCUAAUCUCUCUCUCUCUCGGAAAACGAUGAAGGUCACGGCGCUGCUGGUCCUCAAGUGCAGCCCGGAAGGAUCCGACCCGGUCAUACUGGCCAACGCCUCCGACACCAGCCAUUUCGGCUUCUUCCAGAGGUCCAGCGUCAAGGAGUUCAUCGUCUUCGUCGGCCGCACCGUCGCCAAACGCACCCCUCAAGGUCAACGCCAGUCUGUCAAACACGAAGAGUAUAAAGUGCAUGCUUACAACAGCAAUGGUCUCUGUGCAUUGGGAUUCAUGGAUGAUCACUAUCCAGUAAGGAGUGCGUUUUCGCUGCUCAACCAGGUGUUAGAUGAGUACCAGAAGAAAUUUGGUGAAUCUUGGAGGACUGCGCAAGAGGACAGCACUGAAUCCUGGCCUUACCUAAAUGAGGCUCUAACCAAAUUCCAGGACCCUGCAGAAGCUGAUAAGUUGUUGAAAAUUCAGAGGGAAUUGGAUGAAACAAAGAUUAUUCUCCAUAAAACUAUUGAUAGUGUACUUGCACGAGGUGAGAAACUGGACAGCUUGGUUGAAAAGAGUUCGGAUCUUAGCACAGCAUCACAGGUACUGACAAUUGUUGUGUUAUUUUUCAGUUGCCGGUGCAUAGUGUGUACACUGACAUAGUGCGUAGCAUCAUCUGCAUAAGCUGUUAUUGUUAAAGUAGCUAUAAUUUGAAGAUCGUACGUCUUCUAUAUUGAGGAUAAGUCGGUGCCUAGGUUUUCAAAUUGAGUGCAAUAUAUUGAGUGAAUAUAAAGCACCUAAGGAUGUGGUCGAGUUGAUUUCCUGUCGCAUUUGUGGAUGCACAGUUUAUCAAAAAUACAUUUCUGCCUGUUAGAAGGGUUGGAUUUAGAUUUUAGAUUGUAUAGUCUGAAACCCAGUCAAAUGUUUUUCAACAGAAGUUAGACUGUCCACUUUUCUAUUUUAAUGCUUGGCCCUGUUUUUGUUUCUAAUGUGAUAGCCUGAUGAUAGUGGGGUUUUUCUUUUGUCCAAACAGAUGUUCUACAAGCAGGCAAAGAAGACCAAUUCUUGUUGUACCAUACUGUAAGCUUCUGGUGGCGACAGCACACCCGUAAUGGCAUUCCCGGUGUUUAAGUUGAAGGAUGACAAAUUGAUGACUGUAAUAUUCCCAUGUCAUUUGUCAAUUGUUCG